AUGAACGAUUUGCAAUGCGUGAUCGACCGCCAGCUGGGCCUACAUACCCGGUUUAACUACGAUAAUAUUUUGAAGCGGUUCGUAGUAAACAGAGAUGAGUCAUUCUAUGGACUACAGAACACAACACAGGAGCGGAGUUUCGAACAGGAUCCUCCUAUUUUCGCCUGUCGAUUCUCAGAAGCUGGUGGAUACGAACACAUCUUGGCUCUCGCCAAUGAGGAUGGUAAAAUCGCUAUACAGGAUACAUCAAAUGCAUCAACAGCCUGCACUGUUGAGAGUUACAUUUGUCACACCAAUGCCAUAUUUGAUCUGGCGUGGAUGCCUAAACACAACAACUUUGUGACUGUUUCAGGUGACCACACAGCCUGUCUCUGGAAUGUAAAUGAAACUGGUCCUACACGCGUUCUGUCAUUUUCUUACCACACUUGCUCUGUCAAAACUGCCACUUUUUGUCCUGACGAGCCAGCCGUUUUCGCGACCGGCGCACGAGACGGUCACAUCCUCGUUUGGGAUGUUCGUGUCAAUAAUCAAUCUUCAGUCGUCCUAAAGCCUGACAAUUGCUUAAUGAAUUGUCAUUCUAGCUUCACUCCUAAAACUCCCGGCUCUCACUCGAAGAGGCCUCGUAUCGAUGCGCGCGCCAUUUCGAUCACCGGUCUCGUGUUUCAAGACGACCGCAGCUUGAUAUCGUGCGGCGAAUGCGACGGAAGCAUCAAAGUGUGGGACCUCCGCAAGAACUAUAGCGUCUACAAGCGGGAGCCUCUCCCCAAACAUUCCAUACCUUAUUGCGGUAGUUCCACGAAAAACGGCUACACGAACCUCAUCAUCGACGAUGCUCGCACGCGCCUCUACGCCAGCUGCAUGGACAACGUUAUCUACUGCUAUAACAUAUCCACUUACAACUCCCUCCCAGAGCAGAGAUACAUCGGUCACGAAAACAGUACGUUCUACAUUAAAACAUGCCUCAGCCCUGACAGCAUGUACUUGGUGAGCGGUAGCAGCGACAAGAACGCCUACAUAUGGAACGUGAAGUACUCCGAGCCGAUCGUUAAGUUGGUGGGCCACUGGGCCGAGGUGACCUGCGCGGCGUGGUGCCCGAAAGGAGAUAUGAAAAUCGUAACGUGCAGCGAUGACGCCCGCCAUAAAAUCUGGCGGAUCGGUUCCGAGUACAACGAUAGUGACGAAGAAUUCAAGGGCAAAGCGGAGAGCGUACCGUGGCUCCAUAACGCCUCUCACCGGUCCCAGUGGGGAGCGCUGGACAAAACUCCGACUUCAUUAAAGCGGAAGAUGAUGCGAACACCAACUAUGCAAAACGCACAACAAGGAAGAAAGGAAAGUGCCUCCGGAAAAAGAACGAAACGAUGCCUCGCAUAUCUCAUGAAUGCAACUAAAGAGGAUGAGGCAUCCUCGGCUAAAAGAGUGAAACUUGACAAUGUUCCUGAUGACGUUGAGCUUCGACCGCUAGACGUCGGGGCGAAACGGCGCGCGGAAUCACCCGCUCCCGGAGCCAAGAAGAAAUGUGUGGAGGCGAGCGCGUCCUCGGACUGGUGCUACGCCCCUCGUGCCGGGUGCUCCUUUACGACGCCCACGAAGAACUAUGAGAAGAAAAAUUGUAAACUCUUGUCUCCCAAGAGCCCCAAAAUGUUGUCCCCGAAUAGUUCACCUGACAAAGUGAGCCCGACCAAAGUGAGAACCAUCUCUUUCACGACGCCCACUAAGAAUCUUCCCGACUUCGUCUUGAAUGGCGAGGCUCCCCACAUGCGGCUGAUGUCACCGGCCAAGAAGAAACGGGAUAGUACCAAUUGGCUGACAUUGAUGGUUCGGGAGAAGAUGGGUAAAGUGGAGGAAAAGAAUGUCACCUCUCUCGCACCCGUCAGCCCGAGGGAGAACGCUCCUCCGAGGAGGAACUCGGCCACGGAGAGGAUGCCAAAACGUAACAAAAACAGAACUUUACUUGAAUAUUUCAGUGUUGGCAAAAUUGACAAAUAA